CGCUGGCCAAGACCCUUCACCGCAUGUCGGACUCAGAGUCUGACGCGGACUACGACCCGGCGCGCAAGCGUGACGACGACGACGACGACGACGACGACGACCAGCCCGUCGCCAAGAAGCGUCGCCCCGCCGGCGCAAACCAGUUCAUCGAGGAGGAGGCCGAGGCGUCCGAGGAGGAGGACGAGGAGGAGGACGAGGAGGAGGAGGAGGGCGACGGCGGCGCCGACGGCGACGACGGCGACGCCGUCGACGCCAAGGCGGUCGAGCGCGAGAACCGGAGGCUCGACGCGGAGCGGCGGAAGGCGGAGGAGGCCAAGCUCGAGGCGCAGGUGCGCGAGCGGUACGAGAACCGGCCCGACCAGGGCGCGUGGGACGACGACGAGGACUUUGGAGAGGACACGCGCUUCCAGGAGCUCCCCGACGCCACGCGCGACCCGAAGCUGUGGCUGCUCAAGUGCAAGCCGGGCGGCGAGAAGAUGCUCAUCAUCUCGCUGAUGCAAAAGUACCUCGACGCGGCGGAGGCGGGGACGCCGCUCUCCAUCAAGUCGGCGCUCUGCACCGAGAUCAAGGGCUACAUCUACGUCGAGGCCUUCAAGGAGGCGCACGUGCGCGAGGCGACGCAGGGCCUCAACGGCCUCUUUUACCGCAUCACGCAGGUCCCGCCGCGCGAGAUGACCGACGUGAUGCGCAUCCGCUCCACCGACAAGAAGGCGCUGCACCCCGGCGCGUGGGUACGGAUGCGGCGCAACGACGACUACAAGGACGACCUUGGGCAGGUCGUCGACAUCGACGUGGACGGCGCGCGGGCGCGGGUGCGGCUGGUGCCGCGGCUGGCGGCGUACCUUGGCGAGGAGGACGGCACGAAGCGGCGCGUGCGGCCGACGCCGAAGCUCUUCGACGCCGACGAGCUCCGCGCCAAGGGCGAGGACGUCGGGACGGGCGUGAGGAGCUCUCGCGGCCGGCAGGUAUACUACUACGACAACCAAGAGUUUGAGGAGGGCUUCCUGCUGCGCCACCUCUCCGUCAAGGGGCUCAAGUACGGGGACGGAGUCCAGCCGACGAUGGCGGAGCUCGAGCGCUUCAAGACCGGCCUCGGCGCCGAUGCCGACGCCGAGCUGCUCGCUGCCGCCUCUGGCGCGGGCAGCGGCGCGCUCUUUCGCGUGGGUGACUAUGUGGUCGAGGGAGACAUGAAGCAUCUCACCGGCUCGGUCAGGGCGUUGAGCGCCGACGGCAAGACGGUGCACAUGUUCCCAGACCACGAGAAGCUGCGCGCGAGCAACAAGGACGUCCAGAUCGCGGCCGAGCUGCUCGCAAAGUUCUUCAAGAUGGGAGACCACGUCAAGGUGAUCGGCGGCAGCCACCACCUCGGCGAGACCGGCAUGGUGGUGCGCGUCGGCAACGGCAAGGACGGCGGCACCGCGCACUCGACGCAGCUGCACAUCCUGACCGACCUCGGCCAGACGGAGAUCGCGGUGCGGGCGGCGCACGUGCAAGAGUGCGCCGAGGUCUCUGCCGGCCUCGAGACGCUCGGCCAGUACUCGCUCUACGACCUCGUCGACGUCGCCUCCAUCGGGCCCGCCGUCGUCGGCGUCGUCGUCAAGGUGGAGCACUCCGCCUUCAAGGUCCUCACCUCGCAAGGCUCCGUCGAGACCGUCCCGGUUGGCUCGAUGGGCCGCAAGAGGUCCUCCCGCAACGCCGUCGCGCUCGACUCGCAGGAGCAGCGCGUCGAGGUUGGCACGCCGGUCGAGGCGGUCGACUCUGGCGCGCAGGGCACGGUCAAGCACAUCUUCAAGUCCUUCCUCUUCCUGCACACGCGUGAGUCGCGCGAGAACGCGGGCAUCUCCUGCGUGCGCGCGCGCCAAGUGCGCGUCGUCUCGGGAAAGAGCGCCGCCCCGCAGUACCAGGGCUUUGGCGGAGAGGCGGCCGACGACGCGGUCGCCCAACGAGUGGCGGCGCGCGCAACCAGCUUCGCGGCGCCGCAGUCGCCCUCGUCCCUCGCGCCCGGCGCCGCGCCGCUCGGGGGCGGAUUUGGCGGCGGCGCGGCCGACGGCGGCGGCUUCGGCGGCGGGUUUGGCGGCGGCUUCGGCGGCGGCGCCGCCGCCGCCGUGGGCGGCGGCGGGUUUGGCGACGGCGGCAAGGGGUUCGGUGGCAAGGGCAAGGGCAAGGGCGAUGGGCGCGGCGGGCGUGGGCGCGGGCGCGGCAUGCAGGACGAGCAUCUGGGCAAGGUUGUGCAGAUCACCAAGGGCGCGUGGAAGGGCUACUACGGCAUGGUCAAGGCGGUGACCGGUCAGCAGGCGCGGGUCGAGCUGCAGGGCAAGGAGAAGAUCAUCUCGGCCAAAAAGGCGGACCUCCAGCUCACGGACAAGACGGCAACCAGCGGCGGCCGAGCGCCGAGCGGCGGCGCCUUCCUCGGCGGCGGCUUCGGCGGGAGGGGCGGCUACGGCGACGGGAGCGGCACGCCGCUGCAUGGCGGCGCCGGCUCGAGCACGCCGCUGCGCAACGACGGCUUCCACACCCCGAUGCACGGCGCUUGGGAGAAGACGCCGAUGCACGACUCGAUGGCUGGCUCGAUGACGCCGAUGCACGACGGCUCGCGCACGCCGAUGCACAGCUCGGUCUGGGACCCGCUGGCGCCGAACACGCCGCUGCACCGCCCCUCGACGCCGUCCUCCUCCUCUCAAUAUGGCGGCGGCGGCGGCGGCCGGCAGGACGAGUUUGAGCAGCAGUGGGCGGCGAUGGGGGGCGGCGGCGGCUCGGACUCGUUCUCUUACGGCGGGGCUGGCGGGGGGUCAAUGUCGAUGGGCGGCAUUGGCGAGUCGCCCUUUGUUGCUGGCGGCGACAGCUUUGGGUCGAUGCGGCCGGCCAGCCCGGGUGGUCUCUCUGCGGCCUCCUCGUGGGCUGCGAGCGCCGCCGCGUCAGACGCGACCGGCUUCGCGGCCGCCGGCGGCAGCGCCUCGCAGGAGGUGCUGCCGGAGCGGGUGCUCGUCACGCUCAAGACGGCGGGCCACGAGGGCAAGCGCGGCGUCGUCGUCGAGGUGAACUCGGACGGCACGUACGAGGUGAUGCUGUCGGACGAAGUCAAAAAGGUAAGCGCGACGCGCGGCGACCUCGAGGUGGUGCGGCCGGCCAAGCGCGACCGCGUCAUCAUCCUGCGCGGCGACAACAAGGGCAGCGUCGGCCAGCUCAUCGGCAUUGACAACGAGGACGGCAUCGUGAAGAUGGGCGGGCCGGGUGGCGAGUCGGACAUCAAGAUCAUCGACCUCGACUCUUGCGCCGCCACGGAGUGAGCCUGUGGGCACGGACGGACAGCGGUGCCUAAGAAACGUGGGGGCCGCACACCGGUCACCGCGCGUCCCAGUCGUAAGAGCCCUGUCCACGUGGCAGUCGAGCUGGGUGGUGCGUGUGGCAAAAUCGUUCGUGCUGCCCGCUUUGUCGUUUGGUGUGCGGUGUGGCGCGCGCGCAACACCAAUAACAGUUAGACCCCCCUGUUGAGUACAUGCAGAUACCUCCA